GCUGCCGGAACGUUUUACAACACCUUCAACACCUCAGGUUGUUAACGUUUAAUGUGUAAUUUUCUAAUGGUUAACCCAAGUGAAUGUCUUGUCGUCCGAAUGAUCUAUUAAUUCAUUGUACAUUCGGUUCCAAAGAUUUAGAAAACAAAGUGUUAGGCUCGUGCUGGCCAUAUUUGGAAAGGAAUUAGUGAUUGUGUGCGAUAGUUCAACACGGUGCCAAGGAAGGCCAUUGUACAGAAAGCACAAGGUUUUUAAUAGCCAAAACUAUGGUGCGUACGAAAAUAUCCCGGAAUACAGCGUCCAAGCGGAAUCGAACUAGCUACCAGGAGGAACGCUAUGCCAACAUAAUGCGAGAGUUCGAAAUAAUCUCUGAAUCAUUCAUAGUCUCCAUCGAUGCAAAACUAAACAUAGACUUGGAGAAGAUUGACCGGAAUGGAGAGAUACUAAUGAGCCGCAUUCCGAAAGAAUUCCACAAGAUGACGAUGGGAGACCUUCGCAAGUCAGGUUGCAAUGUGUUUGUCAACUUACGUGACAAGCAUCUUGUAGGGGAUGGUGGGCGGGAUGUGAGCCCUCUGUCUGUUAGAUCGAGUGAUGCGCGGAAGAACUCGAUCAAGUCAUCGAAAACGGACGACGGUUAUCAGACGGAAGAUUGCAGUAAACUUUCCAUCGAUGUGCUAGCUUCUGCAAAGCCACCGGGACGUCCUAUGGGCCCCUUGGCAUCGGCAAUGAAGACGAGCUCGAGGAGACGCAGCAAUUCCGUGUCCAGCAAUGCAAUGACACCUAGCAAAGCACCGCAAUCAUCGCUGCUGUUUGGAUUGAAAACGAAGAAAACGGAUCUAAGAACACCCGGCGUGUCUAGGAGCAUAUUCGCCAACCAGUCGGACCGAAUGUCGCGACCGAAGCUGCGCACACCGAUGGUCCAGAUGGGAAAGGUUUCCCGUCCGCACACGGUCAGCACGGACCGUGGCAUGAGCCAAAUAACGCUCAAGGUCGAACCGAACACUCCAUUGGCUUUCAUCCGACAUCCACGGGCGGGCGAGAGUGUCUAUUCGCUUACCGGCAGUCCGGUGGUAAACUCGGUUAUGCACAAGAACAUGGCCAAUGUGAACAUUCCCGUACCGAAUGGAGUGCUCUCGUUGCAGCCCACGGACAUGGACGACGUGGACCCAGAAGCUCUGCCUCCGAUCGACCACGCCACUUUGGAGCAUUUGAAGAAGCUUCAAACGAAUUUGAACAAGAUUAUGAAAUAUGCUGAAGAUUGCAACUUUCGCAUGCAUCAAUGAUGAUCAAUAAGAAAACAAUGCGCUUGCUUUUAGUUCCUAUUGUUUUUAAGUAGUAUUUUUCCAAUUAUUGCCGGGUUAUAUGCAACAAGUCUUGUAUUCUACGUGUAUUUUAAAAAUGUCCAAUAUAAAGUUUUGUAAAAUAAGUUU